AUGAGAUACAGUAGACAGGCAGAGAAGGAACAGUAUCAACAAAAGUAUAGCCAAUUGAAUGAUCAACAACGAUCGGCAUUCGACACUAUUUGUCACGCUGUUGAUUCAGGUAGUGAUAAUAGUCAUUUCUUUCUCCAAGGACCUGCUGGAACCGGAAAGACGUUUUUGUAUAAUACCCUCUGUCAUUAUUACCGAAGACAAGGUAAAAUAGUUCUAUGCGUUGCUUCUUCGGGUAUUGCUGCACUUCUUCUUCCUGGUGGUCGAACCUCGCACUCCAGAUUUAAUAUUCCAUUGCUUAUCAAUGAAGAUAGCAUGUGCCAUAUUAAGAAGAAUACCAAUCUUGGGCGAUUAAUAAGUAAUACCACUCUGGUUAUCUGGGAUGAAGUUCCUAUGCAACAUAGGUAUUGCUUUGAAGCUGUCGAUAGGUCACUUCGGGAUUUAUUGGAUUCUCCAGAUUCUCUAUUUGGUGGUCUUCCUUUUGUUCUCGGUGGUGAUUUCGCUCAGAUUCCUCCUG